AACGGGCGAUCUCCGUCGCUCAAGAAUCACCCAUGGAGGCUGCGGCUCUGUCAUCCACCUGCCGCCUCUCAACCCCCACCACCCUCACAAGCCUCACAAGCCCUACAAGCCUCCUGGAACAGCCUUUGCAGCAGCUCAGGCAGAGAGUGCCACGUCAGCAGAGCAACAGGAGAGUGACACGUGGAAGGUGAAGGUGCUAUAUGACGGGGACUGCCCAAUCUGCAUGAAGCAGGUGGAGUUCCUCUCAGCGCGCAACAAGCAGUUCCAAACACUCAAGUUUGUGGAUAUCUCCUCCGAGGACUAUGACCCCGACGAGAAUGGCGGAGUCGAGUAUGAGGAGGCCAUGGGUCACAUGCACGGGGUCCUUCGAGACGGCACAGUUGUCAAAAGCAUGGACGCGUUCCGCAGCUUCUACGAGGCAGUGGGGCUGGGAUGGAUCAUCAACGUCACAAACUUCCCCCCAAUAGCAGUGGUGGUGGAUGCAAUGUACGAGCUCUUUGCUAAGUACCGCCUCCCACUCACUGGUCAUCCGGGUAUCCAGGCUGCUUUUGAGGAACGCAAACGGACCAAGUAUGGCAUCAAGGGGUGCACAGAAGAAGACCCGUGCGAAGUGGAAUACUGA